CUGAAGAGAGAAACGAAAAUAAUGAAAAUAAACAAUUAUUGUCACUAUUUUACUUUUCUUAUGAAGCAAUAAAACUCUUAAAAAGGAAACUCAUAUUAAUAAACUAGAGCAAUAAGGAAAAGUGAAGGUACUCGAACAAUGCCUAUGCGUAUACCACAACCAAUACAGAUUUGGUUCAAUUCAUUGCAUCAUCGUAGAAGGUUAAAAACUCAAGAUGCAUUCAUCAGUUUAACAGAUAUAUGCGAUGAAAAAAUGAUUGACAAUAAUCCUUUACUAAUUGGUGGAUUAGAAAAUCUACUCCUUGAAAUGAUACCAAACAGCUGGAAACAACCAAUGGUUAAAGAUGGUGCAAAACAAGUUGCUCAAUGGAUAUUUGAAAAUUUAAUUAUGUUAUAUGAUGAUAAUAAUGAUUACUGUGAUGUAACUGAACGGCCGCAUGAUCAUAGAAAUGUAUUGGAUGAUGCGAAAUUGGUGACAAUCGAGUUAUUACCUACAAUUAUUUAUGUAUACUUCUGUUUAUUAAUUUUCACAGGACCAUUUGAGUCGUAUACAAACAAACUUUCAAACAGUAAAUCUGAAAUCAAAUCCGGUAACAAAGUCUUCAACAUUGAUAAGAUGCAUUCAUUAAAACAACACGAAGAAGAAGAAAAUUGUCAAGUAACAAAAUCUCAAUCAUCAAAUCAGUCAGUGAAUGUAAAUAAACCAGCAACUCCAAAAAAAUCUCAAUUAUAUCCAAAGUUUAUUCAUUCGUCCAAUGGUGAUUUAUCACCGAAAUUGGAUCAUAAAAUAAAAUUUUCAAAUGUACAUAAAAUAUUGAUACAUAAAGCUAAAAAUGAAUAUCAGCAUAUACAACAUCAGAGUAGAAAACAGCAAAAUGAACAGUAUACAAAUGAUAAAAUUGAUCUCAUAAAUAUUUUUGAAGUUUAUCUGCAUACUAUCUAUCAUAUUUGUCAACGAAAUAAUAAUAAUAGUAGCCGAUUAUUUCUUAUUGAAGAAAAUCUUAGAGAUAACUUUGAAACAACUAUAUUAUCGAAUCCAAGUAUUUAUGGUGAUGCUUUAUUACCAAAGAAUACCAACAAUAAACCAGAUAGUUUAUUCCCUUCUCAAUAUCUUCCAAGAUCACCUAAUCACCAUAUUGAAAGUAAAAUAUCAAAUGGUUAUGAAGAAGUGUCAGGUAGGAAGAAGAAACAGAAUGAGAAUGCAUUAAAUUCUCGAAAUCGUAUGCAAGUACUAACUACUCUCAUGAAGGAGUAUAAUGCCCAUUCCCUAUUAGGUCAGUCUAUGCAAUCCAAGUUAUCACUAUGCAAAUUGGCCUGUUUGUUCAAUCCAUUCCGUGAUGCUCAGACAGAUAAAGUGGUGUCUCCAGUGCAUCAUCAUAAUUUGACGGAGGAUGAAAUACAUUCUGAUGAAGUGGGCUCUCCAAAAAGAGAAGCAAAUAAAGUAUCGGAAACAAAAGACGGUUCAAUUCCUGAACAAACAAUCUCCGAUCAGUCAUCACCAGCAAAAUCUGUUACAUUUCAGGAGCAUAAACACCCCACAGAUCAAGAAUCUUAUGGAAGUCUUAAAAAUAGAGCAAAAAUAAAAGCCAAUCGAAUCACAGGAUUGAGUACAAAUUUCAUUACAGAAAUUCUUUUUGCAUUGUACCCAGUUCUUUUCACACAACAAUCAAAUGUAGCUUAUGAAGCAGUUAAAUCAAUUGAAGUCAGAGCAACCUAUGAACUAUGGACAAAUGUUUUGUUGUUAGUUGAUUCAAUGAAACAAGAUUAUGAGCGUUCCAAAUUGCCUGCUUCAAAAUCAUUUAAACACUACAAUCAAGUGGUGAAUGAACAAGAAGAAACGAGUAAGAGUAUAUUCAAUGAAAUGCCAAAUGACGAAAACAAAUUGGAUUCUGAACAGUUAUGCUUAGCUAGUGCUUAUUGUGGUCUUUGGUCUGGACUCCUAUGCAAGCGGUCAGAUAUGUCACAAGAAGAAACUCUUCAAGAUCUGCCUGAAUUUGAAGAUUUAUCCGGCAAACGACUGCAUUAUGUUCGACUGGCUCAAGCUAAAUUCAAACGACCGGUUGUUACGAACUCAAAUUUUAGAAUAGUAAAAUUACCAGAUGAUAUAACGCCUGAGACGUCGACAGACACUAGUUCUACACGACAUAAUACUAUGAAAGACGUCAUUUCAUCGAAUGGGAAGAUAAACUUAGAAAAGGAUUGGAAAGGAUCUCUAGAUGACUUGGUGGUUUCUAAUGAAUCAACUGCUUCUUCACUUUUAUUCUCUCGUGAAUGGUUUAAGAAAACUCUGUGGAAAGAUAGACAGCCUGAAAAAUCAUGAGCUGGUUACUUUAUAUUCUUCCAUCAUUCCAAAGAAAAGAUAUAUUUUUUUGUAAACGACAAUCAUUACUAUCUUAUAGAUAGAUAACAUUUAUACAGCAAAGAAUAUUCAAUAUGUAAAUUGUACUUCAG